UGUCAUGUGAUCAGCUGUGGUCAAUCACAGCUGAUCAGGGGACAUGUAUACUGAUCAUCAGCGCAAUGAUCAGUGUGCCCUGAUGAUCAGUGUAGCCCCAGCAGUGCCACCUGUCAGUGCCAAUCAGUGCCACAUCAAUGCCACAUAUCAGUGCCUACCAGUGCACAUAAAUGCCACAUAUCAGUGCCCAUCUGAGCUGCCUUUCAGUGCCACCUAUCAGUGCCAGUCAGUACUACCUAUCAAUGCCAGUCAGUGCCGCCUAUCA